AUGGCGGAGUCAACCCCGCCUCCUCCACAGGCCAUCGCCAAGCAGUUCACGCACCCAGUCCACCAGGCGGGUGGCGGUCUGCCCUCGUUCGAGGACACCAAGGUCAAGCAGAUCCAGCCGGCGGUACUGCCCUAUCUCAAGAAGAUCUUUGACCAGCAUGCCGGAGGCCCUGGCAAGACCUGGUCAAAAGCUGCCAUCAUCGACUUCCUUCACCAUGUCCAAGCCGACAAAGUGACAGACCCCUCGGGCGACAUGGCGACGCAGGACGAACUCGGCUUUGACGGCUUCCUGCGCUAUAUGGGCUCGAGCGCCGCCAACGUCCAUGGACCUCUCCCCGAGGUUGACCUCUCCUGGCCAAUCAGCAGCUACUACAUCAGCUCCAGCCACAACACUUACCUCACCGGUAACCAACUCAGCAGUGAGUCCGAUGCCGACGCCUACAAGACGGUCCUCCUGCGCGGCUGCCGCUGUGUCGAGAUCGACGUCUGGGAUGGUGACGAGUCGGAUUCGGAGCGGUCCAGCAUGGAUUCGUCUAGCGACGAGGAAUACAAAGAAAAGCAGAGUAUUCGCAAGACCAGCCGCAAAGAAAUGAUUGCAUCCAAGCUGCCAGGCUCCCUCACGAGCCGGCUGGACAAGACCUCAAUUGGUCGUCGCCUGACCAGCAAGCUCAAGUCCAGCGAGGACAGCAAACCUGCAGCGACUACCCCUGGAGCCGCGGAAGGCGAGGCUGCGACCACGACACCACUAAAGAAAGUCCCCAGCCCGACAAGUGGCAUUGUCGAGCCCAGGGUCCUGCACGGCUGGACACUUACCAAGGAGGUCCCCUUUCGGCAUGUCUGCGAGGCGAUCAAGAAGGAUGCCUUUACCGUAUCAGACCUACCUCUCAUUGUCAGUUUGGAGGUGCACUGCGGCCGGCAGCAACAGGAAAUCAUGGUCGAUAUCAUGAAUGAGACAUGGGCCGGUCUGCUGGUCGAGGCACCCACAGGCGAGACCAACUCAUUGCCUCCCCCAGGAGACCUGCGUGGCAAGAUUCUGGUCAAGGUUAAAUACAUACCACCAAAGAAGGAGGCCAAGGCCACUGACAGUAGCGAUCGCUCUCCCACCGAUGCGCAACACCCAGAGGCCGCGAACAAGGCAGCCAAGGCUCCCAAGAUCAUCGAAGCUCUCUCGGCGCUGGGCAUUUUCACCCGCGGCGUGUCUUUCAAGUCCCUGACGCAGCCCGAGGCCAAGAUGCCCACGCACAUCUUCUCCCUCUCAGAAAGCGCCGUCGCCGAUGUCCACGACGAAAACGCCGAGGCUCUGUUCGACCACAAUCGGCACUACAUGAUGCGCACGUACCCAUCGGGCAUGCGCAUCAACAGUUCCAACCUAGACCCGCAGGUCUUCUGGCGCAAGGGCAUCCAGAUUGUCGCGCUCAACUGGCAGAAGUGGGAUGAAGGAAUGAUGCUCAACGAGGGCAUGUUUGCUGGGACGGGCGGAUUCGUGCUGAAGCCAGUUGGCUAUCGUGGUCGGAAACCCAUAGAGGCGCCCGCUGCGGCCGGCAACCCAGCAAUCUCGCACCAGACCGUGGACCUCAAGGUCACCGUCUUUGCCGCCCAGAACCUCCCGCUGCCGCACAGCGACGACAAAGUGUCCGGCUUCCGCCCCUACGUCAAAGUCGAGCUCCACACGGAGCCGCCGCACACCUUGCUGAAGCAAGAGAGCGCCAAGGCAAAGGAGGGCGAGUACAAGGCGCACACGAAGCCCAACAAGGAAGGCACAGUCAACCCGGACUUCAAGGGCGAGGUGCUCACCGUGGCAAGCAAGGUGACCUGCGUCGUGCCCGAGCUCGCGUUCGUGCGGUUCCUGGUCAAGGACGAGGAGAUUGGCCGAGACGACCUGGCUGCCUGGGCAUGUGUCCGGCUCGACCGCCUCAAGUCUGGGUACAGGUGGGUGCACCUGUUUAGCAAGGAUGGCAGAGUCAGCGGUGGUGCUGUGCUUGUGUUUGUGGAGAAGACUCUUGCAUGA